GUCACCCCUGACUGGUAACAGCCAGAUAGCGGAAAACAACUAGAGAUGAUGCUGGAGAGCUCGGCAUCUUUGAACCGUUCCAGAGAGUGAAUAAAUGCGUUGUUCAGCUAGGAUAACACCUUGAGCAUUUGCGCUUCACUUCACAGGACUGACGUUUUAUCAUCAAAAUGAUGGAGGAAAUUGACAGAUUUCAAGUGCCACCAGUAAAUCCAGAGAUGAAGCUGCUGGAUCCUGCGGCAACAUCCACUUUGGAGGCUGAAACAGGAACGAGAGAACCAGAGUCAGUCGCCAUCAACUACAAGCCCUCUCCGCUACAAGUGAAGAUAGAGAAACAGCGAGAGCUUGCGAGGAAGGGCUCAGUGAAGAACGGGACUGUGGGGAGUCCAGUCAAUCAGCAGCCCAAGAAAAAUAACGUUAUGGCCCGAACAAGGUUGGUUGUCCCCAACAAAGGCUAUUCAUCCUUAGACCAGAGUCCAGAUGAGAAGCCGCUUGUAGCACUGGACACUGACAGUGAUGAUGACUUCGAUAUGUCCAGAUAUUCAUCGUCUGGAUAUUCUUCAGCCGAGCAAAUAAACCAAGACUUAAACAUCCAGCUGCUGAAGGAUGGCUACCGAUUGGACGAAAUCCCAGAUGAUGAAGACCUUGAUCUCAUCCCCCCAAAAUCAGUCAACCCCACCUGCAUGUGCUGCCAAGCUACUUCCUCUACAGCCUGUCAAAUUCAGUAACCCCAGCCUCCCUUGAACCCCUCCUAUCCCAACCCUGUGAGUUACGCUCACAGUAAGCACCCUCAGCAUAGAUUAACUACUAAAGAACUUAAAAACAAUAGAACGGGAGUAUUAAAAUUAAUAUAAAAUAGGGGAAAAUAAUGAAUGAAAAUGCACAAGUAUGUAACUGUCAUUGGUUCCUCCUAUGGUAGGACGUGAGUCUUUGUAUCAUCACCAGAGGGCGCUAGACUUAGGUGUGUAUAGCUGUAAGAUUCGUUGAGGUGUAUAUAAAUGCAUGGUGCAACAUUCGAAAAAUACAACUGCUCAAGUAUCUUUUAAAAUGGAACAAAAAUGAACAUUUCUCAGUAACCUUUUUUUCUUAAAUACCUAACAGUCCAUUAGAAAGGGCCCCUUUACACUAAAUAAGAAAAUGUGUUGCAUUUAACUUUAAAAAAGUUAUAUCUUUUGGCAGCCCUAAUGAUUAUAUUUUUAUUUAAACUUAGUUUUAUAGUUUUCGUCCUUUUUUGGGAAUGGCUGCUCUGGAAUAUCCACCUUUGCUGAUGCUUUCUGAUGUUAUUAUGACAGAUGUGCUUCUUUUCUAAUGAAGGGAGUGUAUAGUGACUGAUGAAUUUAUUUCUCAGAUCAUUUACGUUGCAGACUUGCGUAUUAAUAUAUUAUGAGUAGCUUUGUAGCAAACACUAAUAAAGGGAAUACUCUUAAAUUGAGAUAUCCAUACAGAAGACACCGAUCUGCUAUGAUACUGACAGCAGAUUUAAUUAAGUCAGGGAAUCUUGUUGAAUAGUUGAGAUAUAUUUACUAAGAGAUUUUCUUUUUUGAACUUUAGUUUUUUGUUUAUAAGGUUUCAUUCAGUGUUGCUGCACACAAACCCAACAGUUAAACUGGGUUAAGGGAAUUGUAAACGCUUAAAUGUUAGUUUUUAAAUAUAAACUAAAAAUGUACCUCUACAGAAGACUAUGUAAGCCUGUUUCCCUACUGAAUAAAUAAUUUAAAAAAGGUAAUUGUGAGUUUUUAUCUCACAAUUCUUACUUUUUUUUUUUCACAAUUGCAAGUUUACAUCUCUCAAUUCUGACAUUUUUCUCAGAAUUGCGUAAUAUAAACUUGAAAUUCUGACUUUUUUCCUCAGAAUUCCGUAAUACAAACUCAGAUUUUAUACUUUUUGUCAAACUCCCAAUUCUAAUACACUUGCAAUUUUAAUACACUUUAAAUUUUUUUCUAAGAAUUCCGUAAUACAAACUCGAAAUUCUGACUUUUUUUCAUCAAACUCACAAUUCUUUUUUCCUCAGAAUUGCAUUAUAGAAACUUGCACUUAUGACUUUUUUCGUCAAACUCGGAAUUCUGAAAUUUUUUCUCAGAAUUGCAUUAUACAGACUCGCAAUUCUUUUUUUGUUUGUCAAACUCGGAAUUCUGAUUUUUUUUUUCCUCAGAAUUGCAUAACACAAACUCACAAUUCUUUUUUUUUUUUUUGUCAAACUUGGAAUUCUGAUUUUUUUUUUUCCUCAGAAUUGCAUAAUACAAACUCGCAAUUCUUUUUUUGUUUAUCAAACUUGGAAUUCUGAUUUUUUUUUUUCCCCCCUCAUAAUUGCAUAAUACAAACUCGCAAUUCUUUUUGUUUGUCAAACUCGGAAUUUUGAUUAUUUUCCCCUUAGAAUUGCAUAAUACAAACUUGCAAUUCUUUUUGUUUAUCAAACUUGGAAUUCUGAUUUUUUUCCCCCCUCAGAAUUGCAUAAUACAAACUUGCAAUUCUUUUUUUGUUUAUCAAACUCGGAAUUCUGAUUAUUUUCCCCUUAGAAUUGCAUAAUACAAACUCGCAAUUCUUUUUGUUUAUCAAACUUGGAAUUCUGAUUUUUUUUCUCCCCCCUCAGAAUUGCAUAAUACAAACUCGCAAUUCUUUUUGUUUGUCAAACUCGGAAUUCUGAUUAUUUUCCCCUUAGAAUUGCAUAAUACAAACUCGCAAUUAUUUUUGUUUAUCAAACUUGGAAUUCUGAUUUUUUUUCUCCCCCCUCAGAAUUGCAUAAUACAAACUCGCAAUUCUUUUUGUUUGUCAAACUCGGAAUUCUGAUUAUUUUCCCCUUAGAAUUGCAUAAUACAAACUCGCAAUUCUUUUUGUUUGUCAAACUCGGAAUUCUGGUUAUUUUCCCCUUAGAAUUGCAUAAUACAAACUCGCAAUUCUUUUUGUUUAUCAAACUUGGAAUUCUGAUUUUUUUCCCCCCUCAAAAUUGCAUAAUACAAACUCGCAAUUCUUUUUUUGUUUAUCAAACUUGGAAUUCUGAUUUUUUUUUUCCCCCCUCAGAAUUGCAUAAUACAAACUCGCAAUUCUUUUUUUUUGUCAAACUUGCAAUUCGGACUUUUUUCCUCAAAAUCGUGUAAUACCAACAUGCAGUUAUGACUUUUUUGUCAAACUCGCUAAUCUGGAAUUUUUUCUAAGAACUGCAUAAUACAAACUCGCAAUUCUUACUUUUUUGUCAGGCUUGCAAGUUAGAAUUUUUUUAAUAAUUGCAUAAUAUAAACUCACAAUUCUAGCUUUUUUCUAAAACUCGGAAUUCUGACAUUUUUGCAUAAUACAAACUCAAUUCUGAAUUUUUUUUGUCACACUCACAAUUCAGACUUUUUUUGUCUGACUUUUUGAAUUCUGAUUUUUUUUUUCUAAGAAUUGCAUGAUACAGACUUCUUUGCAUAAUACAAAUUCUGACUUUUUUAUCAGACUCGCAAUUCUGAAAUGUUUUUUUUCUCGGAAUUGCAUAAUACAAAUCCACAAUUCUGACUUUUUGCUCGGAAUUUUGUGAUACGAACUCACAAUUUCUGACUCUUUGCGGGAUAUUAACUCGCAAUUGCAAGAAAUAAAGUUUUCUUCACGCAAUUGCUUUUUUAAUAACGUAAUACUAACUCGCAACUGUGAUUUUUAUAUUACGCAAUACUGAGAAAAACAAGUCAGAACUGUGAGUUUAUAUCUCACAAUUCUGACUUUACAACUCGCAAAUUCUGAAGUCAAAAUUGUAAGACUAAAAAGUCACAAUUAACCUUUUUUAUUUCUUUUGAGUAUUUUUUUUUAAUUUAGUGGUGGAAACAGGCUUCCACAUAAGACAGAUAAAUGGUACAAUUUUCUGAUUCAGUGCAUUUCAUUUUUGGAGCACUUUGUUUUGAGAAUUGUUGUGAUGUAUUAGGACGGGAAGAAUGCUUGCAUUGAUUUACUUGAAGAUAAUAGCAGCUGCCAGAUACAUAUUCCAUAAUCUCUGUCAUUACCAGGACAAAAAUACUAUAAAUUUAGCUCAUCUGAUUUGUGCCAAAAUGCAUAAAAUGCGUUGUUUCUUUAUUUUAUAGACGGAACAGGCAUUAAAUGCCUAUGGCCUGCAUUCAGAAUCAAUUUUACACUUUAGUGCUCUCGUCUUUAUAGUCAUUUUAAAGUGCAAUACCAUUUUGUGAGACAUUAAGUGUAGUACUCUGGAACAGGAUACUCUGCGUUUGCUGUUUUGCUUCAACUUGAUGCCUUUUCUUACAAACAUCUUGAUAAAUUCAUCUCAGCUGUUUGAGUCAAUGGCCAAAUCGCUAUCACUUCUGUUAUAAAAACAUCAAUUUGAUCGAUUUGAAGAUUGUACUGUUCUGUACAGUAUUUGUGUCUUCUUUUUGUCAUGCAGCUGUUGUUUAUUUUGUGCAGCUUUCAGAGCACCUUAUCGUCUCGCGUGUACGUCGCCACCCAGUCGCCAUUGCCAGCUGUAAUUAGAUGCCAUUGCACCAAGCACAUAACCUAGUAACACUCCAGUUUUCACAUGCUGUUAAGAGAAUGUAUGAAGAGAGAUUACAAUAUAGUAAUAUAGUAAUCUAAUAUUUCAUAUUUUAUACACUACUGUUUAAAAGUUUGAGGUCAGUAGGAUUUUUUUCUAAGUUUAAGUGUGUUUUUUUUAAGCAAGAAUGUAUUAAAUUGGCAUUCAUAGACAAUUAUAAUGUUAAAAUAUUUGCUUCAACUCAGUGCUUUUAUUUUGCAUUUUCUAUUCAUUAAAAAAAACAGAAUUUAAAGAAUUUAGGAUUUUAAAAAAAUCCUAAAAUAAAAAAAACAUUGUUUCCACAAAAAUAUUGAUCAGUAGAACUGUUUUCAAUAAAAGCACGUUUCUGCCAUUGCAUAAAAAAUAAUGUUUUAAUUCUUACAUUAUUCUCGCAAUCUCAAGUUUCUUUUGGAAGCCCAUUUCCACCACUGAAUAAAAAAAAAUUAUCUCACAAAUCUGACUUUUUCUUGCUAUUGCGAGUUAACAUCUCACAAUUCACACAAUUCUGACUUUUUUCUCUGAAUUGCAAGUUUAUAUCUUGCAGUUCUGACAUUAUAACAUGCAGUUGCGAGUUAUUAAAUCAGAAUUGUAAGAUAUAAACCUAUUAUUUUGAGAACAACUCAUUUUUUCGCCCUCAAAAUUGGACUUACAACAUAACAAAACUGGACUUUCAGAAUUGUGAUACAAACUCGCAUUUACAAGAAAGAAUUGCGGGUUUUUAUCUCACAAUUCGGACUUUAUUUCUCGCAUUUGUGAUUUUAUAUCAUGCAAUUCUGAAAAAAAAAAGAAUUCUGAGUUUAUAUCACGCAAUUCUGACUUUAUAACUCGCAAUUACAAGUUUAUAUCUUAACAUUCUGAGAAUUUUUUUUUUUUUUUUUUUGGUGGAAAUUAGCUUUCAUAAUUUCUCUCAGUUGUGACUUUUCUCCUUAGAACGUCUGAAUUGCGAGAUAUAAAUUAAGACUUGCAACAAAAAGUCUGAAAUGGGAGAUAAAAUGAUUAUUUAUCUUGUGGCGGAAACAAGCUUUCACAGUUUUCAACAUUGCCAUAAUAGGAAUUAAUUACAUUUUAAAAUAUAUUCAAAUAGAAAACAGUUAUUUUGAAUUCUUGGUGUGCAUUAGAGACGUUCAACGUUAAAAAAUAUUACUUACCCCAAACUUUUGUACAACAGUAUAGGUCUGAUGUAUGAAUUGACAAGCUUUUUGUUUUGAUUAUUGUGGAUCGCUGUAUCAUUUUGAAACUCCAUAACAGUAUGAUUAACGUUACCAGGUACUUCACAAAACACAACAACUCCCCAAGACAUAUCUCUAAAUGCUUACAUUUUCACUACAAAGACAAAUAUUUCAUAUCACACUGCCAUGUAAAGGUGCAUCCACUCCAGUAUUUUUGUGUAGCUAUGUUAUGAUGUCUACACCGGACGCGACGGUUGUCGUGUUAAGCCCCGUUCACACUAGCAGCGACUUCUGUCGCUGCAUGUCGCCAGAGGCUGGCGACGAGGUUGCUAGUGGGCGUUCCCACUACUGGUUGCCUUGACAGCGAAUCAGGUUUCUUGCCGUUAAAUACAAACAUUUUCGAGGCAAAAGACUAAAUAUAAUAUAAAUAUAAAUUAAAUCUGUACAUAUAAACAAAAACGAUCAAGAAGCAGAGCCUGCUUAUUUCAACUGAGUAUGUUUUUCUAUGGCUGAGAGGAGAACGAUCACAUGAGCUCUACCGUCUUCUUUCCUAUUGGCUGUCGCUCCCGAAAGUCGCUCUUCAUUUGCAUAAAGUUGAGGGAUUCUCAACUUUGUCGCGUCGCUGGACACGCCCCAUCCGGUCGCCAACGGUCGCUGUAGCUCGAUGUCGCGCUUGUCGCCGGAAAUCGCCAGCUCUCCACUGAAAUGAAUGGGAUCGCGUCGCUUUGUCGCUGCGUGUCGCUUGUAGUGUGAACGGGGCUUAAAAGGUCUGUCUACGCUGGACGCGACAAAUCGACCGUUGCAAAUAUUUGAAAUUUGUGUCAGUACCUUAAGUCCUAAAUAGAACAGACUUCAGUUUACCGUUGGGAAUUUGUUGGGAACUCGCGUCUGGUGUAAACGCGGUGUUACACAAACGUUUUAAUUUGCCAGUGCCAUUUUUAAAAUAUUCCACAAGGGAAAAUAUCCACUUAUAGCCAUGCUUCAGUGGUAUAGCCCUUAGCGUAGCAAUAGUUAGCCUACAAAAUACCUGUUAAAUAGACUUACCAUAGAUACGUACAGUAGAUGGAGAAUACGAUGGCAAGUUCUCUUAAGCCUGCCGUUUCUAAGCUGUCAUGGUACUUACAGACGUACCGUAAGACUGACUGAUCUGUGUAUUGAUGAAUGAAGAUGUCUGUCAUCCCCUGUAUAUCUGCUUUGGUUUUUUGGUUCAAGAUAAACACUCCGUUAUGUAACGCCUAAAUCAUUGUACGCUUUCUGUUACUACACUGAAGUAGAGUAUGCCUUAAGUCAAGCUAUAAGCAAUGGGUCAUGUUAUUUAUUGCCGGUGGUAUGUUUUUAAUUUAUUGAUAUACAGGACUUAUUUUAACAUUUUGUUUUUUGCUUUAUUUCCUACAUUUUUCCCCCUUCUGUCGAUAAAUAUGAUUGUAAAGACAUGAACGGUUUCCAUACCAGUAUUUAACAAUGUUUGUUGUUCUGUGCAGUGAAUCAUAUCAGUAAACACAUCUGAAAUUACAAUUGAAA